AUGGUAGCAAGCCAUUACAAGUUAUUGCCAUGGCUGGAACAGCAAUGUUCCUAUAUGAAUCCGCUCAUCACAUCUGCCUUCCUAGAGGUCCUCGACACUAAUGUCAUUGUUGUUGAUUGGAGUAGCCUCGCAAGUUCCAAUUACAUUUCAGCUACUUACGGUCUCCCGAGCGUGGGCCAAUAUCUUGGCAACAUUUUAAAAUGGCACGUUGAAACUGCUGGUGGAGACUGGGAUCGCGUUCAUUUGGUAGGUUUUAGCCUAGGGGCGCAUGUCGUUGACAUCGCAAGUCGCACAAUUGGUGGAAAACCAGCACGUGUGACAGUAUGUGCUGGCAAUGCAAUACCCUUUGUGCCCGGGGAUAAUAGCCAUUACAUGGAAGGUGAAAGCCGCUACGUCUGGAUACCUGAUGGAGAUGGCGUACCCCACCUAGUGGAUUUGGAGGAACCAGUCGACGAGGAACUCCUAAGAAAUAGAAAUGGCGCAAACAAUGAAUACUGGCUGUUCACAAGAUCAAACCCCAUCAACCGUCAAGUCAUUGUACAUGGUAACUCAAACACAAUCAGCAACUCCAACUACAACGGAAAUCGACCCAUUUUCGUUAUUGUUCAUGGAUGGACCAACGAUGGGAACACUUGGAUUAAUCCUCUUAUUACAUCAGCCGUCCUCGCUGUUCAAGACGCAAACGUCAUUGUCGUUGAUUGGGGUGCAGUUGCCAGCUCUAGCUAUGUUACUGCCGUUAGCAGCGUUCCCAAUAUUGGCCAACACCUUGGUAACUUCUUAAUAUGGCUCAUCAACACUGCUGGCGGCAAUUGGAACAAUGUUCACUUGAUUGGCUUCAGCUUAGGAGCACACAUUGUCGGCAACGCUGGCCGUACUGCCGCAGGACUACCUGCUCGUGUUACAGGAUUAGAUCCCGGCGGACCUCUAUGGAGUGGUAGCUCAAACGCAUUGAACCGUAAUGACGGGCAGUAUGUAGAAUCCAUUCAUACCGACGGCCGUAUCCUUGGUAUUAUGGAUGCGAUCUCUGACGCUGAUUUCUACCCCAACGGUGGUAGAAACCCACAACCUGGUUGCUUAACAAGCAUGUGCUCGCAUGUACGUGCGCCUGAACUUUUUGCAUCGAGUGUUGUGACAAAUCACUUUGUAGGCAGAUUGUGCCAAAAUAUCAACGAAGCCGAGCACUCUACAUGUAGCGGUGCUGAAUUCAUUAUGGGCAACGCAAUCAUGAACAAACGAGGAAGCGGCAUCUACGCGCUACAAACAGGCAGAUCUUGGCCUUUUUAG